UCUGUGGCACUCAACUGUCAGGCUUCAUUUGACGUUUGUGAUGUGAUUUUGAUUCGAUUUUCGAAUAUCGAUAAUUAUCGAAUCGAAUUCAAUUUUAGGUUGUUGAAGGUGUCAGAUUUCUUUUAAAAAUAAUACUAAUAAAUACUAGAGAAAAUGCAGAAUCCAAAUGAAGAUACAGAAUGGAAUGAUGUGCUCCGAUCGAAAGGGAUCUUACCGCCGAAGGAAAAAGAGAUUUCAGAAGAUGAAAUCGUCAAUAUGAUUGAGCAGACCAUACAAAAUAAACAGCAAGAAAAGGACAAGCAACUCUCAGAAUUAGACCUUGAUGGUCUAGAUGAGCUAGAAGAUUCAGAAGAUGAGGCAGUUAUAGAAGAAUACAGAAGGAAGAGAAUAGCAGAGCUAAAGAAGCUGUCAGAGAAGCCAAGGUUUGGUGAGGUGCGGGAGGUGUCUGGGCAGGACUAUGUGCAGGAGGUGAACAAGGCUGGGGAGGGAAUCUGGGUGGUGAUACACCUUUACAAGCAGGGCAUCCAACAAUGUGCUCUCAUAAACCAGCACAUGAAGCAGCUCGCAGCCAAGUUCCCCCACACCAAGUUCCUGAAGGCUAUCGCUCAGACGUGCAUACCAAACUUCCCCGAGAGGAACCUGCCCAGUUUGUUUGUGUACUUUGAGGGGGACAUGAAGAAACAGUUUGUUGGGCCGCAUGAGUUGCGAGGGACUGCGCUCACUUGUGAUGAGUUGGAAUAUAUCCUGGGUCAGGUAGAAGCUGUGGAUACAAAGAUAACAGAGGACCCGCGACCAAAGAUAAAAGACAAACUGUUUACAGACCUCGGCUCUAAUGAUUGGUGAUGCGAUGUCACAACAAAAUAGUUCUGUAUGUGCAAUGGUGCUAAACUUUAUAUAAUGCGUAAUGUAAAUGAAAGGUCUCUGGAAUAGAAAAGGAAAUUAUAGACAGGUUAUAGAGUACACAUUAUGUAUGUGUUUGGAUAAUGAAAAAGUCAGGACUGUAUAAUGCCAACAAAAACAACUCUAGUAAAAUAUAGCAACUCUCAGAACUCGGUUGUUUUGCCGUAAAAAGUUGUGAGAUCCAU